AUGAGGUUGUUCCUGUUGCUAUGUGCACUGCUCUGUGCCUCCGUCUCCCUCUCUCUCCGCAUCUGCUCCUUCAACGUACAGACAUUUGGCAAAGCCAAGGCUGCCAAGGAAGAGGUGAUGGAGACUCUGGUCAAGAUUGUAUCCAGGUGUGACAUCUGCCUUCUGAUGGAGGUGCGGGAUUGCCAGGGGAAGGUGGUGCCUCAGUUCAUCUCCUUGCUCAACAGACAGGACCGCCAGGGCCUGUACACACACGUGGCCAGCGAGAGACUCGGCCGAUCGUCCUACAAGGAGCAAUAUGUCUUUGUAUACAGGUCGGAUAAGGUGAGGGUCCUUGCUGUGCAUCAGUACAAAGCCCAGGGGUCCCACGCCUUCCAUCGAGAGCCCACCGUUGUUUUAUUCUCCGCACCUAACACGGAGGUGAAAGAAUUUGCGCUGAUCCCACAGCACACCUGCCCAGGGGCUGCGGAAAGGGAAGUGGAUCAACUCUACGAUGUGGCCCAGUUCGUUCGAGGGCUGUGGAACACAGAGAACAUCAUGAUCCUGGGGGAUUUGAACGCUGGAUGCAGGUACAUCCGGUCGUGGGGAAGAAUCCGACUGCGGACACAACCGGGAUUUCACUGGCUGAUCGGAGACGGAGCCGACACGACGGUCUGCAGCUCCACCAGCUGCCCGUACGACAGAAUCAUUGUGCACGGAGCAGCGUUUUACCGAGCCAUCUCCCCGCGAUCGGCAAAGGUGUUUGAUUUCAGCCGGGCCUUUGGUCUGACGGAGCAGGAGGCACUGGCGGUCAGCGACCAUUUCCCAGUCGAGGUGGAGGUCAAGGAGAGACAGAGGGGACGUGACGAACUCUGACCCCCCCCCCCCCCACCCCCAAGAGACAACAACUUCACCCGAACACUACAGAGGCAAGGAACUGCAGAUGCUGGUUUACAGGGACAACAAGGCACAAAGUGCCGGAGUAACUCAGCGUCGCUGGAGAACAGGGAACGCUGCAAGAAACCUUCUCUCCUCACCUCACCCCUUUGUGUGUUUUCCUCUCUGGCCUUUAUCCAGCCAGCUGCCUGUACGGGUGAGGAGGGUUAUUGACCAGGGGGGAGGGAGAGGAGCCCAGCAAUGUGGACACAGAUGGAGGUCUAAGUUGGACGUUGGACAGAGAUGAAAAGACAGAAGGUGCAAGAUGAGGUGUGAACUGGGAAAGAUAGAAAGCCAAAGAACUGGAGACUCUAGUCUACAAAAAAAGAUUCAGAGUGCUGGAGUAACUCAGCGGGUCAGGCAGCAUCUGUGGAGAACAUGGAUAGGUGACAUUUCAGAGUGGCUGGAGUAACUCAGCAGGUGCAGCAGCAUCU